CGGGCUAUUUUUCGGGCUGUGUUGCAUGGUGCUUGUUUGGGCACUGCAUCCAUUCCGUGCCUCGAGGACCAGCGCAGGAGAUGCUGCCCAGAGUAGGUCAAUCCAGCACAACACCAGGAGGCUGGGAUAGAAUGAAAGAGAAAUACAGUUGAUGUUUCCCAUGCCUUGUCUCUGCGAAGAAAAGAAAAGAAAUAAAGAGCAAACAGGGCAAGCCCCGUGACCAGCGGCGUGGGCCGGCGUAUCGCAGACUCUCACCGCGGUCUUCCUAAUCUGGUUUCUUCUUGGGUUUCCAUAUCGUCAUCUGCCAGUCGCGCUCUUCUAUAAAACUUCACCGUCUCCUCCGUUGCCUCCUUGCCCCUCCUCCUCUCCCCUCUCCCCUCUCUUUCUCUCAUUCUCUUCUCCCUCUAUCCACUCUCCCCACCCCUUCUGCGCUUCGCAAUCCCUUCCCGUUCUCUCCCACACUCUAUCUCCACGAAACUUAUUUCGCCGCCAUGGUCGGACUAGGACCCAAGAGGCCUCCAUCCCGAAAGGGAUCAAUGGCCGAUGUGCCCAAGAAUUACUUGGCGCAGAUCAAGGAAUUUGAGGAUCUAUUUACUGUCGACACUGCGAAACUCAAGGAAGUUGUCGAGCAUUUCGUGAAGGAGCUUGAGAAAGGCCUGAGUGUUGGUGGCGGUAACAUCCCGAUGAACGUCACCUGGGUUAUGGAAUUCCCCUCUGGUGAUGAACAAGGGUCCUUCCUUGCCCUCGAUAUGGGAGGCACCAACCUGCGUGUCUGUGAGAUCUCCUUGACGGAAGAGAAGGGCGGUUUCGACAUCAUCCAGUCUAAAUACAGGAUGCCUGAGGAACUCAAGACCGGCACUGCCGAGGAGUUGUGGGAGUACAUUGCCGAUUGUCUCGAGCAAUUCCUCGACUACCACCACGAGGGCGAAUCCUUGGAAAAGCUACCACUGGGUUUUACUUUCUCGUAUCCCGCUACUCAAAAUUCCAUCGACCAUGGUGUUCUCCAGCGUUGGACCAAGGGUUUCGAUAUCGAUGGCGUUGAGGGCCAUGAUGUUGUUCCGCAAUUGCAGGCAGUCCUCAAGGAGAGGAAAUUGCCCAUCAAGAUUGCGGCUUUGAUCAAUGACACUACCGGAACGCUGAUUGCCUCGCACUACACUGACCCCCAAAUGAUGAUUGGCUGCAUUUUCGGAACUGGCGUCAACGCUGCCUAUAUGGAGAACGUGGGCUCUAUCCCCAAGAUUGCUCAUCUCGGCCUUCCUCCCGACAUGCCCAUGGCUAUCAACUGCGAGUAUGGCGCCUUCGAUAACGAGCACGUCGUCCUUCCGCUCACCAAGUACGAUAUCGCCAUCGACCGUGACUCCCCUCGUCCAGGCCAGCAGGCCUUCGAGAAGAUGACUGCUGGUCUCUACCUCGGUGAGAUCUACCGUCUGGCCCUGCUCGACGUCCUGGAGAACAAGCCAGGCCUUCUUUUCGAAGGUCAGGAUACCUCCAAGCUUCAUAAGCCUUACUACCUCGACGCAUCCUUCCUGGCCGCUAUCGAAGAUGACCCGUACGAGAACUUGCUUGAUACGGAGGAACUCUUUGAACGCCGUCUCGGUAUCAAGCCCACCAGCUCCGAACUGGAACUCCUCCGUCGUCUGGCCGAAUUGAUCGGAACCCGCGCUGCACGACUCUCCGCCUGUGGUGUCGCCGCUAUCUGCAAGAAGAAGAACAUCGAGCGCUGCCACGUCGGCGCCGACGGUUCCGUCUUCACUAAAUAUCCCCACUUCAAGGCCCGUGGUGCCCAGGCCCUCCGUGAGAUCCUCGACUGGCAACCCAAUGAACCUGACAAGGUGAUCGUCUUGCCCGCCGAAGAUGGUUCCGGUGUCGGUGCCGCUUUGAUUGCGGCUUUGACUCUCCGUCGUAUCAAGGAGGGUAAUAUUGCUGGUGUUCAAAACAAGGGUGAUAUAGAGACGUUGUUGUAGAUGUGAUGUUACGUGAUGCGAUGCUAUGGAAAUGAUAUGGUAUGGUAUGGGUAUGUAUACAUAUUUGCCAUUGGCUUUUUAUUUUUACUUUUAUUUUAUUUUAUUUUUUUUUUUU